AUGUUAGCAUGUAAAACUGCAGAUACUCCAAUCGAGAUGAAUCACUCCCUUGCAGUCUAUCCAGAUCAAGUUGCAGCCGAUAAGAAUAGAUAUCAAAGGUUAGUAGGGAAGUUAAUCUAUUUAUCUCAUACUAGACCUGACAUUGCAUACUCUGUAAGCAUUAUGAGCAGGUUCAUGCACUCUCCUAGUGAACAACACAUGAAUGCAGUAUACCGCAUCCUUAGAUAUCUAAAAGGAUCACCAGGAAAAGGUCUCUUGUAUUGCAAAAAUAAUGAGGCUAGAAUAGAAGGAUAUAGUGACUCUGACUGGGCUGGAGAUAAAACUACCAGACAAUCAACAUCAGGAUACUUUACUUUUGUAGAAGGCAACCUUGUCACUUGGAGAAGCAAGAAACAAAAGGUGAUAGCAAGGUCAAGUGCUGAGGCAGAAUACAGAGGUAUGGCCUAUGAUAUUUGUGAGUUAUUAUGGGUUAAAAGCAUCUUGAGUGAUUUGGGGAUUAGUUAUGACCAACCUAUGAAUUUAUUCUGUGACAACAAAGCUGAAAUUGAGAUUGCCCACAACCCAGUCCAACAUGAUAAAACAAGGCUGUAUCCGGAAGAAUUUUUGAAGAAAUAG